CGGUAGGUAUAAUAAUAACAAUAAUAAUACGGUAUAAACUUGUGCAUUGCUUGCGCUCUCGAGUCGAGUACAGCGGCGUCGGCGGCCCGCAGCUUAGUUUUCUCUCGUGUCUCGCACAGAGAACAUCUGACACGCUGCAGUGUCGCAUCGUACGCACGGACAUUUACACGUUUUUAAUAGCCGAGCGACUAUAUUGAUAAAAUAGAUACCCGCCAGUGUGUUUUAGUGUCGUUGCAAGUAAAGUAAACCUCUCGACGAGCACAACGCGAAGGCCUGCAUUCGUCGAUGAGUACUGCAGCUAUGCUUCCUGGCAUGUCUUGAUAGCAAUAUCAUAAAGAUCACCAGAGAAAUCUACCAACAGAUUUUUACACGCAAAACAACUACAAAAAAUACUUCAAACAAAAAUGGGUAGAUUUACGGGUAAGAAAUGUCGCCUCCUGACGAUGUUGUGGCUGACAACCUUUUUUUUCUUCGUCGAAAUCAUCGUCGGCUACGUGACCAACUCCAUGGCUCUGAUCGCCGACAGUUUCCACAUGCUGUCCGAUGUAGCGGCUCUCGUUGUCGCUUUUUUGUCCGUCAAAAUGUCUCCAAAAAAGUGGUCCAAGAACACUUUUGGUUGGGCGCGUGCCGAAGUUUUAGGAGCAUUGGUUAACGCCGUAUUUCUUGUAGCUUUGUGCUUCAGCAUCACAGUUGAAGCCUGCAAAAGGUUCAUUGAAAUCGAAGAGAUUCACAAACCUGAAUUCUUAGCCAUCGUAGGUGCUUUGGGACUUUUUGUCAAUCUCAUCGGACUCUGUCUUUUCCACGAACACGGACACGGGCACUCGCACUCGCAUUCGCACGCGCACGGCAUAUCCCGCAGUCACAAUCGGCUAAGCGCUCUGGUCGGCAAUGAGGAGGCCGAGGUCGAGGAUACGCCGGGCCUCAGGCCGCACACGCCGAUCAAAGUGGCCGGCAACAAUGGCAACGCGGGCAGCAGCAACAACGUCGCGGCGGCGGUCGCGGUGACGACCGAGCACGCUCCUGCCGAUCACGCGCACAGCGACGCCAGCCAGAUGAACAUGCGAGGCGUGUUCCUGCACGUGCUCUCCGACGCCUUGGGAUCGGUUAUCGUCGUCGUGUCCGCGCUCAUUGUUUGGCUCACCAAAUGGAGCGGAAGAUUCUACAUCGAUCCGGCUUUAUCUCUUCUCCUUGUGGUGCUCAUAUUGAAGUCGGUCUGGCCGCUGCUCAAAGAUUCCGCUUUGAUACUUUUGCAAACGGUGCCUACUCAUAUACAGGUGGAUGCAAUCCAACAGAGGCUCUUGGAAAAUGUCGACGGUGUCUUAGCCGUUCACGAAUUUCAUGUAUGGCAAUUGGCUGGCGAUCGUAUUAUCGCUUCAGCGCAUAUUCGCUGCCGAAAUCUUUCGGAAUACAUGAAAAUCGCCGAACAGGUCAAAGAGUUUUUCCACAACGAAGGAAUACACUCGACUACGAUACAGCCCGAAUUCAUAGAUUAUCAAUCAAAUAGUCAUAAGGAAGUAACUCCACACGAAGACUGCGUUCUCGAUUGCCCAAAAACUGACAAAUCCUGCAAUCAAGCUACGUGUUGUGGACCAUCCAAGCAGGGACGCGAAACACCAUCACCGGGAGAGACUCCGAACAUGUGUCGACAGCGUAACGCUUUGACACGCUCGACAAAUUCGCUGUCCGGUGUUGGUAUCAAUGUUCAUGAGCUCGAGCGCGGACACUUGCUCUCAGUUACACCGACCAACACUGUCUCGCAAAUGCAGCCGCACUCUCAACUCAUUUCGCCGGCUGUUUAAUUAGACUUAUCAAUUUAGCAACUCCACUCAGAUGCAG